UAAAAACACGUGGACUACCGCCCUUCUGCCCUUCUCGUUUUUCCAAUUUCCUCCAAAACCCUAAACCCGUGAAGAGAUCCCCAAUCUGUGUCUCCCACUGAAAAUUUCCCGAAGAAAACAAGAUGGUGAAGAAGAGCAAAAAGAGCAAGAGCAAGAGAGUGUCGCUGAAGAAGAAGUACAAGGUUAUAAAGAAGGUAAAGGAGCACCACAAGAAGAAAGCCAAGGAGGCCAAGAAACUGGGAUUGAAUCACAAGCGGAAGGUCGAGAAGGACCCAGGUAUUCCCAAUGAUUGGCCCUUCAAAGAACAGGAACUCAAGGCUCUCGAAGAGCGCCGCGCCCGUGCUGUCGAGGAGUUGGAGCAAAAGAAAGCUGCUCGCAAAGAGAGGGCUCGAAAAAGGAAGUUGGGCUCACUGGACGAUGGUGAUAUCUCCAAGGUGGAUGAUAUAGCGGCUAUGAAAGAGCAGCUUUUUGCUAAGGAAAGCGAAAAUGCUGAAUACAUUGCCAUUGGAAAAAAAUGGGACAACUCCGAUAGGGCAUUCUACAAGGAGUUGGCUAAAGUCAUUGAAGCAUCAGAUGUCAUAUUGGAAGUUCUUGAUGCACGAGAUCCCCUUGGGACCCGUUGUGUUGAUAUGGAAAAGAUGGUGAUGAAGUCGGGUCCUAAUAAGCACCUUGUGUUGCUUCUAAAUAAAAUUGACCUUGUGCCUCGGGAAGCUGUUGAGAAAUGGCUCAAGUAUCUUAGAGAAGAAUUACCGACAGUUGCUUUUAAGUGCAGCACACAGGAGCAGAGGUCAAACUUAGGGUGGAAAUCUUCAAAAAAGGCAGCAAAGGCGAGCACUCUUUUGCAAACCAGUGAUUGUCUUGGCGCUGAAACUCUAAUUAAAUUGCUGAAAAAUUAUUCAAGAAGUCACGAGAUCAAGACUUCUAUUACAGUUGGUGUUAUUGGUCUGCCAAAUGUUGGUAAGAGUAGUCUAAUCAAUAGCUUGAAGAGGAGCCACGUUGUCAAUGUUGGUGCUACUCCAGGACUAACUAGAUCGAUGCAAGAAGUUCACUUGGACAAGAAUGUUAAAUUGUUGGAUUGCCCGGGUGUUGUAAUGCUUCGAUCAGGAGAGAAUGAUGCAUCUAUAGCGCUACGCAACUGUAAAAGAAUUGAGAAGCUAGACGAUCCCGUUGGUCCUGUGAAGGAAAUUCUCAAGCUUUGCCCUGCCACAUUGUUGGUAACCCUGUACAAAAUCCCCAGCUUUGAUUUGGUAGAUGAUUUCUUAUACAAGGUGGCUACUGUCAGGGGUAAGCUCAAAAAGGGUGGCAUUGUGGAUGUGGAGGCUGCUGCAAGAAUUGUUCUCCAUGACUGGAAUGAGGGUAAAAUUCCAUAUUUCACGAUGCCUCCAACUAGGAAACAAGAACCUUCAGAGGCAAACAUAGUUUCAGAGCUUGGGAAGGAGUUCAACAUCGAUGAAGUUUAUAACAUUGAAUCUUCAUUCAUCGGAAGUCUCAAAUCUGUUGAGGACUUCAAUCCUGUUGAAGUUCCUCCUAGUUGCCCUCUCAAUUUUGAUGAAAAUAUGCUAGAGGUGAAUGAUAAACCCCAGCCAUCAACUCAAGGUGACCAGAGACCUGAAGAUGUGGCUGAUGAUGUUGGUGACCAGCCAAUGGAAGAAAAAGAACAAAAAGGUGAUGCCAGGGCAAAGACUGCUAGCAGCAGGCAAAAUGAGAAGCUAUACACAGCAGAAGGGAUACUUAAUACGAAGCUGAAAAAAGCAGAGAAGAAAAGAAGGAAAAAGACGAAUCAAGCGGAUGCUAUGGAUGAUGAUAACUAUGACUUUACAGUGGAUUAUUUCAAUAAGAAAGGUUCUGAUAUGGAUGUUGGAGAUGGAUACGAAGAGGAAAAUGAGGAUACUCAAAUCGCUGCGGAGGUCCCCAUGUCUGGUGUCAACUUUGAUGAUGAGUGACAGAAGCCAUCACCUAUUUAGUCAAACAUUAAUCUUGCCAUUUCAGUUUUGAGCAAGUUUGAUGUUACACAUGUUAAACUUUGUGAGACAAUUUAUACUUUUCCCUCUUAAAUGAGUAGGGAGGGGAAAACCUGAACAUCCUGAUAGGAUAUCUGGAGUUUUUUUUCUAGGAACCUGAUCAAUCAUAUUUACUCAAAUCAUGUUCAAA